UAUUCAUCCUAGGGUACUUCAUGCUAAUUUUUUAAUUAUUUCGAAAAAAAAAUAGAUAUAUUGUUUACCACCGCUGACCAUUGCUCGUAUGCAUUCGUGCAGAGGAAUUUACGAGUUAAAAUUCUUUUAUAAGGUUUUCGUUGAGGUUUUUAUUUUGCGUUCAUAUUCACUUUGCUAUCUGAAGUAGUACUAACAAAUGAUGAUGGAACUUUCCUAUCCGUCGCUAAUUCGUCGCAAAGUAUCCGGACGCGUUGUUCAUUUCCUAGUCGUGUUUCUACUGUCGCUGUUGUGUUCUAGUAUUUCCAUAACAGCCCAUCAGGUUCCCCACUCAUCAAACAAGUUGUUGUCAUCUCUCGGCAUGGUAGCCGUGGCUUUCUCACCAAGCACCACAAAACAUUUGUAGAGGGAGGGGACAGUAGCUUGACUGUCAGGGGGAUGGAUGAGAUGUUCAUGGCGGGAGAGUAUAUCAGACGACAAUACAAUGAGUCAACACAUUUAAACUUGCUCACGGAGAAGUAUAAUGCAUCUGAGGUCUAUGUCAGAUCCAGUGACUUUGCUAGGACACUCAACAGUGCCUCAAGCUUUCUGCUUGGACUUUACCCCCCAAUGAACCAGACGCAGUCCACUUCGUAUGGCAGAAUAUACUCAGCACCAUACAACAUUCAACAGGUUCCUAUUCAUACUGUUGAUGUGGAGAAUGAUCAACUAUUGCGUGGUUGGAUGAACUGCUCAACAUUCCAGAAAAAAGUUUCUGCAUUCUACAACAGCGAGCAAUUCACAUCAUAUAAAUCACAGAGUGCAAAUUUCUUAAAGGAGCUUGAAGAUUUAACAGGGAUGGAGGACAUACAGCUAGAAAAUUUUUAUAAUGUCUAUGACUUCAUUCAUCUUCAUCGAGUAUAUGGAGACACGAGUCUUAAUUUGACAAAAGGCCAAUGGCAGCGGGUGCAGUCCAUCGCAGCCUGGGUCGAGAGCCACAAAUUCAGCUUUGACGUGAUUGGCAGCAAGGGAGGGGGGAUUCUAGCCAAUGAGAUUGCUGAAAAUUUCCAGGAGACAAAGACAGGGCAUCGUAAAGCUAAGCUCCUGUAUUACUCAGCUCACUACCCUACAAUAACAUCUCUCUUUGCGACUCUUGGGCUGGAUAAAGACCUCACCCUGCAUUCAAUUCCAUCCUACGCCUCACUGGUAAUCAUUGAGUUGCUCCAGACCAAUGUGGGGGAGUAUAAUGUUCGCUUUGGCUUCCGAGAUGGACCGGAUAAUGACACUGGACAGGAUCCAUUGCAAUUCCACGUGCUGCCUGGCUGCAAAGAGACACUCUGUCCGCUGGAGACGUUCAUCAAGCACGUGACAUCGUUACAAGUGCGUGACCAGAUGUCGUGGUGUGACGCAUGUGGUAACACGGAGUUACAGGCGUGCAAGCUAGGCAAACUUUAUACAAGGACACUCGCCAUGACCGCGGUAGGAGGGUUUUUCACCGGCGUUUUUGUGACCAUCAUUCUAACUGUCAUUCUAGUGGCGUCCUGGUUUAUGUUCUUAAAAAAGCGUUGUUUACCCAAUGGCGCUCGUCCCGCUCAAGGUCUUCCCAAUCUAGAACACAGGGGAGACUCCAGGAUCAUGUGAUGAGGAGAGGGUGGAACUCGCUGUUUGCAGACUCAGUACACAUCCCUGGGACUUGGCUGCUUUCAAAGGGGCUUUGUUAAGCAUGUGACCAGAA